AUGCUUUCCCUCGCGACCACCGUCACCGGCCUGCUGUGCCUAGGCACUCUCAUAGCCGCGCAGAGCCCGACAGGAAACCAAACCAACACCAACACCAACACCAACACCAUCACCGGCCUCCCCGCAUCCCUCUACGUCGACAACGCCCCGGACCAUCUCCGCCCGUACGUGAUCCGCCAAUAUGCAACGGCGCAAUCGACCGUGCUCCGGGGCGAGGUGUUUCGCUUCUACAUCACGGGCCCAUCCUCGAACAAUGCCUUCACGCUCGUCACGGUCAACGCGCCGCAGAACGCGGUCCUGAACGUCCUCCCGCACAUCCACGAGCGCCACUUCGAGAACUUCUACAACUACAAGGGCCGGUUCCAGCUGUGGGCGCAGGGAGAGGACAACACGACGCAGGAGACGCGGGUUCUCACGCAGGGAGACUUCGGGGCGGUGGUUCGCAACUCGACGCAUACGUUCCAGAUGAUGGAUCCGGAUAGCCAGAUGGGGGGAGCGAUUGUGCCGGGGGGGUUUGAGGCCGUCUUCUUCGCCAUCGGCAAAAACCGCUCCUCCACGACCCACACACCGUACGACCCGCAUUUCGCCAGCGAGACCUACCCCCUCGGCAGCUCCAACAGCACCAUGUCGGGUGAACAGAGCUUCGACGUAUACAACCAACCCCAGUUCACCCCGCGGCGAGACGCCCUAAACGGCACCGCCCCAGCGAACACAACCUGGCACGACGGGCCCAACGCCCUCGCCCCCUUCGGCCAACCCUACUUCAUCGCGAACGGCUUCGGGCCGAAAUUCAUCAACAACGAGACCGGCUACCAGAUCAUCCAGCCGCUCGUGACGGCUGAGCAAAGCGGGGAUCUGAACUUCACCACCUCGACAAUCAGUCUCAGCACGACGCCGGAGAACGUCACCAUCCCGACGUGGCAGAUCCGCGAGACGGUGGCACUCCAGGUGCUGGAGGGGAUGCUCUGGGUGCAGAUUGCGGAGUAUGAUGUGGCGGUGAUGACGGUGGGGGAUGUAGCGUUGGUUCCCGGCGGAGUGCAGUUCAGGUAUUGGACGGAGACGUGGUUCGCGAAGAUGAUGGUGCUGUGUCAGGGGAGUAACGGGGUGGAUUCGCAGUUGAUUGCACGGGGAGGGAGUUAUGAUGCGGUGGUGUUUCCGAAUGAGUGGGUUUAG